GGGGAGCCCUAAAAUUAUAAAGACAAUAUAAAAAAAAUGGGGGGAGGGGAUGUAGAUAGGGAGAAGAUAUGGAGGAUUUAACAGGAGUGAGAUAGAGCCGAGAAAGAAGAGGAAGACGUAGUCUGGCACCUGUGCCCCCCUGGAAGGUUCCACCAUGGGUAUGGGUGGGCAGAAUGGCGAGGACUGCAGUACCAGCUGUGUAAAGUCCGAGGCUCGUUAUACCUGGGAAGAGAUUCAGAAGCACAACUUGAAGACCGAUAAGUGGCUGGUGAUAGACCGCAAGGUGUACAACAUCACCCAAUGGGUGAAGCGGCACCCUGGGGGCCUGCGGGUCAUUAGCCACUACGCUGGCGAGGAUGCUACGGAAGCUUUCCAGGCCUUUCACCCGGACCUCACGUUCGUGGGGAAGUUUCUCAAGCCUCUCUUCAUUGGCGAGCUAGCAGACAGCGAGCCAAGCCAGGAUCGUGAUAAAAGCGAACAACAAGCCUGUGACUUUCAAGUGCUACGUAGAACAGCGGAGGAAAUGGGUCUUUUCAACGCCAGCCCGGUCUUCUUUUCUCUCUACCUAUCACAUAUCAUACUUCUGGAAUUUCUUGCCUGGGCUACAGUCUACAACCUCGGCACAGGCUGGAUUUCAACUCUAAUUACCGCAAUGCUUCUCACCAUUUCCCAGGCCCAGGCUGGCUGGCUUCAGCACGAUUUUGGUCAUCUUUCUGUGUUUAAGAAGUCAAAAUGGAAUCACAUCGGCCAUAAAUUUGUCAUCGGCCAUCUCAAGGGAGCCUCUGCCAACUGGUGGAAUCAUCGUCACUUUCAGCAUCACGCCAAGCCCAAUAUAUUCAAAAAGGAUCCAGAUGUAAACAUGGUCCAUAUUUUUGUUUUGGGAGACACACAGCCAGUGGAGUAUGGGAAGAAGAAAAUGAAGUAUCUUCCCUACAAUCACCAACACCAGUAUUUCUUCCUGCUUGGACCCCCCCUGCUGAUCCCAGUAUAUUUUACUGUUCAAAUUAUGAAGACCAUGAUAGUGCGCAAGGAUUGGGUGGAUCUGGCCUGGUCUCUCUCUUAUUACCUUCGUUAUUUCAUCACAUUCGUUCCUUUUUUCGGCUUCUUUGGCUCAGUUGCUCUACUUACGAUUGUUAGAUUCUUUGAAUCACACUGGUUUGUAUGGGUGACCCAGAUGAAUCACAUUCCGAUGGAAAUUGACCAUGAGAAGUACAGAGAUUGGUUGAGCAGUCAGCUUGCGGCCACUUGUAACAUUGAACAAUCCUUCUUUAAUGACUGGUUUAGUGGCCACCUGAACUUUCAGAUUGAACACCAUCUAUUUCCGACCAUGCCUCGGCACAACUACUGCAAGAUAGCUCCCCUUGUUCGCUCCUUGUGCAGCAAAUACAAUGUUAACUAUGAGGAGAAGACUCUGUACAAUGCCUGCCGAGAUGUUGUUUUGUCCCUGAAGAAGUCGGGUGAGCUGUGGUUAGAUGCCUACCUCCACAAGUGACCCUGAUCUGGGUGUAUUCAAUCAGGUGGCCCCCUGAACUUAAUACAAUUAACACCUGGCUAUUUGUACUUUUAGGCUUAUAAUAAAACUGCCUCAAAAUUAA